AUGGCUUCCAACGGUCACAGGAAAUCACCAUGCAGCCGUAUGGUAUUAAUCCAUGCUGCCGCAUGGACACGAGAUGGCCUCUCAUGCAUGGACUCGAAACUAGUACAAGCUGAACACUUGACCUUCAAUGGGCUUCAUUUAGCAAGCAACACAUCCAACCCUCUAGGAUUCAUCUUCACGCUCGUGACAGUGGCUCAACUACCUGGAUUGAACACACUUGGAAUUGCAUUGGUAUGUUUUGACUAUGCUUCAUGGGACAUUACUCCUAUCCAUCUCCAUCCUCAAGGCACAGAGAUAAUUACUGUUUUAGAAGGUAGUAGUCAGGACUCGUUCACUAUUAGCAAAAAUGUGGGAUAUGGAAAUGCUGUUACCAUCUCUGCUGUCAAUUGCCAAGACCUCGAAAUCAUCAUUGUAGCAAGUUCCGUUUUCAUUUUAGUACCAAGUACCAAUAAUGAUGUUUUUGCCAAGGCAAUUGAUCAAGUGGAUAAGAACACAAUUGAUUGA